GGAGCGCGGCGCCGCUCGCCCGCUGCAGCCAUUGCGCCGCGAGCGCCCCGCAUUCAACAGGAGGAGCCCGCGGGAGAGGACCGGGCCCGAGCCCUGCGCCCUCGCCGCCGCCGCAGCCCGCGCCCCGCGCCCCCGCACCAUGGCCAAGGAAGGCACGGAGAAGGCGGAGGAGACGGAGCAGAUGAUCGAGAAGGAGGCGAGCAAGGAGCCCGCGGAGGGCGGCGGCGGCGACGGCUCGCACCGCCUCGGGGACGCCCAGGAGAUGCGCGCCGUGGUGCUCGCCGGCUUCGGGGGGCUCAACAAGCUGCGGCUCGGCAGGAAGGCCAUGCCCGAGCCGCAGGACGGCGAGCUCAAGAUCCGCGUCAAAGCCUGUGGCUUGAACUUCAUCGACUUGAUGGUGAGACAGGGGAAUAUAGACAACCCUCCCAAGACUCCCCUGGUGCCAGGAUUUGAAUGUUCCGGGAUUGUGGAAACUCUGGGGGAUGGCGUGAAAGGAUACGAGAUUGGAGACCGGGUCAUGGCGUUUGUCAAUUAUAAUGCCUGGGCAGAGGUGGUCUGCACACCCGUGGAGUUUGUCUACAAGAUCCCAGAGGAUAUGAGCUUCUACGAGGCUGCUGCGUUCCCCAUGAACUUCGUCACGGCCUACAUGAUGCUCUUCGAAGUCGCCAACCUCCGGGAAGGGAUGUCUGUUCUGGUGCACUCGGCGGGUGGAGGAGUGGGUCAAGCUGUGGCUCAGCUGUGUUCCACUAUCCCCAACGUGACUGUCUUUGGGACAGCUUCCACUUUCAAGCAUGAAGCAAUCAAAGACUCUGUGACCCACCUCUUUGACAGAAAUGCAGACUAUGUGCAAGAAGUAAAAAGAAUCUCUGCGGAAGGUGUGGACAUCGUCUUGGAUUGCCUGUGUGGGGACAACACUGGGAAAGGUCUCAGUCUUCUCAAGCCCCUUGGGACCUACAUUUUAUAUGGCUCAUCCAACAUGGUGACUGGAGAAACGAAGAGCUUCUUCAGCUUUGCGAGAUCAUGGUGGCAGGUGGAGAAAGUGAACCCCAUCAAGCUGUACGAAGAGAACAAAGUCAUCGCGGGGUUUUCCCUCUUAAACCUGCUCUUCAAACAGGGCCGCGCGGGCCUCAUUCGAGGAGUGGUGGACAAACUUAUAGGGCUCUACAACCAGAAGAACAUCAAGCCCGUGGUGGACUCCUUGUGGGCCCUGGAGGAGGUGAAGGAGGCCAUGCAGCGGAUCCACGACCGAGGGAACAUCGGGAAGUUAAUUCUGGAUGUAGAAAAGACCCCCACUCCGCUGAUGGCCAACGACAGCACAGAGACCAGUGAAGCGGGAGAAGAGGAGGAGGACCAUGAGGGUGACAGCGAGAACAAGGAGCGGAUGCCCUUCAUCCAGUAACCCAGGAGCCAGGCGGGAGGACCUGAAGGACGGACCUUGUGGAAGAAGAGGACGGCUGCGAGAACUCUUCUGUGUCCCAGUGAAAAAAUGCUGUAGUCCAGUGCGUGUUGUGUUUGUCUGCAGUCAGCUGAGCUAAGAAGCUGUUGAUCACUGUUGUUUUUCGGAAUUUAGUGCCAAUCCCAUUCCAUGCAGUAUUACAUCCCUUCCUGAUCUGUGUACUACAACCUCCCCUCUCCCCAGGAUCAAAACUAUCCACCUCCCGGUCCUUCUCGGUGGUUCUAGAACAGCCUUGCAAAUCAAUACAAGCCCACAGGACAAGACCAAGGACGAGUUUGGGUUGACAGGUGUUGUCACAGAGCACUCUGCAGGUCCUAGCCUUCCUCUGGCCAGUGAUACUCUUUGCCACCAGCCACCUUUACCUCUAACCAGAGCACUUCCCAAUUUGGCUGGUAGAAAGAGAGUAGGCCAGAAGAGGCAUCUGUGAGCCCAGAAGUGUAGAAACUCUCCCAAUAGUACUUUUUCUCUCUCCCUUUUCGAGGCAACUUGUUAUAUUCAUCCCAUAAUCCUAAUGCCAUGGGGUUUGAGCUGCUCUUCUCUGACCCUCUGGGGUUGGAGUCUUUCUCUGGUCCUUAUUCCUAAACACGGGGACAGGUGUGGGUUUCUUGAGAUAGAAGAUGGGUCAACAGCAUGCAUCUGAGGACAAGUCAGAGAUUUCUCCUCUGAAGCCACAUGCCAUGAGCGUAUCCUCCCCACAGCCCUAUAUAUUUUAAGCUAAGAAAACUCCCCAUGUGUAGGACUAACUCAGAUGUCGUUACUAAGACUCUCCUGUGUUGGCAAAAUUGCCAUCAUUGUUACCAAUUUUCCUAUUUUCCAUUCCUGGUCACAAGCAGACAGCUUCCCCCCAAAGAAGAACUCCCUUACAGGCCAUACAUGUAUAUGGAAAAUUCGGUGAGCUCUCUUGUCUUGCCAAAGCAUGUUCCAACAUAUGACAAACUCUAGGUAUACAAGGUUGCUGUUCAGCAUCUGCCAAACGUGGGAUUUCUCCUUCUGAUACAUAAGACCAUGGUGCUGAUCAUGUAGGGCUCCUGCUCCUUACAAAUCAGGGACCAAACUGUUUGACUGCAUGAGCUGUUCAAUGGUGCAGCUCCUAAAUCCCUGUGAAGCCCCUCCCUGUGCCAUUUGCCUGGGUUUGAGAGCUAGUUACCCUGGAGGAAGAGGAGUCUUGGUGUCUGCACAAGGGGGCUCUUCCUUCCCUUCUUUUUCCAGUCCUUUUGUGCAAAGGGUUAAUUCUGUCACACAAACCAAGCUAGAAACACAAAGGGGGCCGUGGAAUUAGCAUCCCCACUUUUGUGUUAUAGAAGAGAGGGUCCCCACAUGCUUGUGAGAUUAGCAUUCUUGAAGGCAUAAGAGGGUUCCAGCAUCACCCAGUUUCUCCUCCAAUGAGAUUUAAGGUGGACCUAACUCUUCCCCCAAGUGAUGGAAACAAAUGCAUUUCCACAAUUUUCUGUUUGAUUUCCCCGGUCCUUUUGCAACAAAUGUCACUUCAUUCACCAGGUUCUUUUUUCCUCUUCUAAGCUUGUGAUGAUGACUCAUUUAUGCCAAAUAUUUACAUGGAGGGAGUCUCUUCUCCUUGUUGUGAAUGUAUGUGUACAAUAUGAAGGCAAGAAAGGGUGUUGAGAGCUGAUGAGCUGAGGAAUGAGAGUAUUUCAGAAGAGGAUAACAAGGUCAUCCCUUCUUCCUGCCUACCCUCAAACUCACCCAUAUCCAUCCAGAGAGAUAGCCCCCAACACCUUUGUUAGAGGCCAUCUUAUUGGUCAUGCUUCUCCCAUAACUGUGCUGAAAGGGGGUCAGAAAAAGAACCACUGUCCAAGUGAUGUUCCUAUUAAGUAGGGCAGACAGGGCACUUUCUAGGGUUGAAAAAGUCAAGAACUACUGGCUCCAUGAUGGCCUCUGUCCCCAAGGGAAGGGAACUGACCAUGUUCAGAAUUGAGAUGGUUCUAAUGAUGCCCAGAGGAAAGGAUACAAGGUCAUCCCUUCCAAAAUCUGCUUUUUAAACAGAAAAGUUAAUCCAUUAAUCACACAUUCAUCCAGCAAUCAGCCUAUCCUCAGAAUUCAGAAUGAGAAACCUAGGGUUUGGCCAACAACAUCAGUUUCUGCUAUGAAGAACAAAGGGGGAAACCUUACAAUGAAUCAUUCCGUGGACUCUCGUUUUAAGCACCUUCUUCCCUGUCUCAUGAUUGUUUUUCUGAAGGAAGUGUACAGAAUGUCUCAGUUUGCCUUAAAGAACUGUGAAGGCUUCUCUGUAGGUUAAGCUUGAUUGGAGUGAACUGAAACAUCGUCUACUGUGUUUGUGGCUUUAGAGCUUUUGUUAUAUUGUGCCUACAAAGCAAAUUAUGUUUACAUACAAGAUAUAAAUAAAGUAUUCAGCAUAGCAUA